CGGCUAAUCAAUUGAUUAGGAAUUUCAAAAAUAUAUAAAUGGAUCAAGAUCUCAAUGGUUUCUUGUUCUUUUAACAACCUCAACAAACUAGUAAGAAUGUCUAAGGAAUUUAUGAAAUAUCCUUCGAGAAGAUCAACUGUAUACUCCCAUAAGGGAAUCGUAUCAUCUACACAACCGUUGGCCAACGCAAUUGGAUUGAAGAUCUUGGAAAAAGGUGGAAAUUGUGUUGAUGCUGCGGUUGCAGUCUCUGCGGCUUUAGUCGUUACCGAGCCUGCUUCAACUGGUAUUGGUGGUGAUUGCUUUGCAUUGUAUUACAAGUUGGAUGACAAGAAAGAUCCCAAGAGCGGGAAAGUGUUGGGAUUGAAUGGAUGUGGUCGUGCUGCACAAAAUGUCACUCCUCAAGAUGUGUGGAACGAGCAUAAUGGUGGUAAACCCAUGGCUAGAAUUCCCUAUACUUCAGUGUUUUCAGUUACUGUACCAGGGGCAAUUGCUGGGUGGUACGAUGCAUAUAAGAAAUGGGGGUCUGGUAAUCUUGACUUUGGUGAAUUGCUUGAACCAGCUGCACUUUUGGCCGAUCAAGGUUUUCCAGUGUCGGAAUUGGCCAGUAGAGCAUGGAGAAAUUCAGUUCCUAAAUUAACCAAACAGAAUCCUAAUGCCAAGGCUAAUCCUUUUAUUGAUGAUAAUGGUCAAGGGCCUGCUGAAGGUGACUUUGUCAAAAAUGCUCCAGUUGCAAAAUGUUUACGUUUAAUUGGAAAAGAAGGUAAAAAGGCAUUUUAUGAAGGUCCAAUUGCUGAGGCUAUUGUUAAAACAACAAAUGCCAGAAAUCACAAAUUAAGCUUAGAUGAUUUCAAGAACCAUACUUCAACCUUUGUAGAUCCAAUUAAGCUUCAGUUUCAAGAUCACAAGGUUUGGGAAAUUCCUCCUAAUGGACAUGGAUUAGUUGCAUUGUUAGCAUUGGGAAUUAUUCAAGAGUUGCACAAUUCAAAAAAGAUUGACUUGAAAAAAUUGGAACAUAACUCUGCUGAGUACUUGCAUAUUUUGAUUGAAGCAUGCAAACUUGGGUUUUAUGAUUCCGAUGAAUAUGUCACUGAUCCAUCAUUCAAAGAUAUUCCAAUUGACGGAUUAUUGAGCUCGUCUUACUUGCAAAAGAGAUCUGAGCUCAUAAGCCAAGAUAAGAUUAUUGAUGGAGAUACUAUGUCCCAUGGUGUUCCUGAUCCAAAAUAUAAAUCUGAUACAGUUUACUUCACUGUAAGUGAUUCAAAUGGAGAAGCGUGUUCAUUCAUUAAUUCAGUAUACGAAGGAUUCGGUUCUGGUAUUUUGGUUGAAGAGUUUGGAUUUUGUUUACAAAAUAGAGGUUCCAAUUUCAACUUGACUCCUGGUAAUAGCAAUUGUUUGGAAGGUGGGAAACGUCCAUACCAUACUAUUAUUCCUGGAAUGAUUACUAAUCUGGAUGAUUCGUUAUAUGCAUCAUUCGGGAACAUGGGAGGCUUUGCCCAACCUGUAUGUCAUGUACAACAUGUUUUGAAUUUAACCUUGUUUGGAAUGACCCCGCAACAACUGAUUGAUUCUCCUAGAUUUGUCUUGAAUUCAAAUAACGAUGAUGACGCUGAUAGAGGAAGAGGUGCAGAUGGGCCAGUACGUACUCCAAUUACAGUUGUUCAAUUGGAAGAAGGUAUUGAUGAAGAGGUUAUUUUAAAAUUACGUUCUUUGGGACACGAAGUUCAAGUGUUGAAGGGCUAUUCCCGUCAGACAGUUGGAAGAGCCCAGAUUAUAAAGAACGUCUCCAAGGAUGGUACUUUGGUUUAUGCCGCUGGUUCAGAUUUCAGAGGCGAUGGAGCUGCUGUACCGUUCAUUUGAAAUUUUUAACCAUCUAGAUAUUUAUUAGAUAUAAAAGUAACUAGUUUAUAAAUUUAUGUACCCGAUAUUGUUAAAGGCCAUGCGAUAGCAAUUG